GGCGACGAUUCUCCCUUCUACAGUCGAAUUUACGAGACUUUUUGCGCCGAUGUUCCAAAAGCUCGAAAUCAUGAUCAAGUGAAAUUCAAUGAUCUACAAUAUCAGCAACAGCAACAGCAUCAGCAACAACAGUCGUACAAUCGAUUUGCCUUACUCGCUCACCCCGCUUUCAUUUCCGAAGCCUCGAGUCCUCGAAGUUGCGUGCGACCAACGACAACUGAUCUGCCCCGCGUAUCUGCCGUAUCUGGGGGCCAGAUCAAAAAGCAGAGGCAGAAACAAAAGCAAAAGCAGAAGCCCAAGUUUACGUCUCACCAUCAGCGAAUUACGGAAAACGACGAUACCAUAACAGAUCUACCGAUGGAUGCCUCUAAUGUCUUCCGUCAAGUCCAAGGUUUUGGCACUUAUACCCCAAGACCUCCGAAUGGUUUCCAGCAAAAUAAGAAGCCUGUGAAGGUCGAGGAUCCCGGAGAUGGUGAGGCCUCGCACCGCAUUGCGCAUACUCUUACGGCCUGCUGCCGAUGUCGCCAGAGAAAAACGCGCUGCGAUCCUACGCUACCUCGCUGCCUGCCUUGCGAGCGGUCAGGGUCCACCUGCGAGUAUUUUGACACGACAAAGGGUAAGAGGAUAAGUCGGUAUUAUGUUGUCAAACUCCAAGAAAAAGUUCGUGCACUUGAAGCCGAACUUGGUCAGUAUACCGACGACGACGAUUUCCCUAAAAAUCACGAGGAUUUCAUCCGACCCGGAGGCCUCGUCCGCUUAAACGAAACCGAUGAAACCCCGCGAUAUCUCGGUCCAUCCAGCGGUAUUGCUAUGACGCGCAUACUCAUGGAGGAAGCAAAGCGCUAUACGGAUUCUAAGCGCAUAUCUGAAUUAAUCCCCGAUGUGCGGGAUCGACGACAGACUGCAGCCCCCGGCACAACCUUUCCCGGCACGCGAUCACAGUCUUUCACCAUACCGCCACAAGUAUCAAGAAAGAAAAGUUACCCCAUAAUUAGCGGCGUCGCAGCGCAGAAUCUUCCAAGUAGAGCCAUCGCCGAUAGAUUAUUGGAGGUUUUCUACCAACGAGCUCAAGUAUUCACCCCGACUUUUCACGAAAAGGCAUUGGAAACGAUAUUUGAGGAUGUCUAUGCUGGGAGCACAGAUGCAUACCAAAACUUUGUUGCGCGCUUAGUUAUGGCAACUAGCAUGCAGAAACUUGACUCGACGUACGCAGGACUUGCGGAUAGUUACUAUCUUGCCGCGAUGAGGCGCUUCGAAGACAUUGUUCGGCCAAAGGAUAUCAAAACCCUUCAAUGUCUCGUCUUAAUAGGACAGUAUUCACUACUGACGCCUACCCGGACUGCCGUAUACUACAUCGUCGGCUUAGCCACGAGGAUCUGUCAGCAACUCGGCUUAGCUGAUGAGAAGACAAUUUCUCUAGGUGCCAACGAUCCAUUAACCCUGGAUAUGCGGCGGCGACUUAGCUGGAUUGUUAGUACAAUGGAACUUGGCUUAGCCUACAGUAUGGGCCGACCAAACGGGUUCGCUAAGACUGGCGACAUAAACGAUGUCAGAUUCUUCGAAACAGUUAGUGACGCGAAUAUCUGUGAGAAUGGAAUUAUUCCAGGGCCUCCUGACGAGAGGAAAUUGGUCUCUAUACACUUUUGUAAGAUGCGUCAGCAUCAAGCCGAGAUCCGCCGGGUUUUGUAUGAAAGAAAACACCCGGAACCUAGCAAUAACCGCCAUCCAUGGUUCGCAGAUAUGGAGGCUAAAAUAGACCGAUGGCUUAAGGAAACUCCUGAAAAUCCUCCAUGGUGUAAGCCAUGGUUUUCAGGACGAUUUCACACCAUGAUGAUAGCCCUUCAUCGUCCCUCACCUCAAGUACCGAAGCCAUCCCUCCUUUCGGCUACGAAAUGCUUCGACUCGGCCGCUUUCGUCAUCAAUAUAUCUAGCAAGCAGAUGAUGGCAGCUGCCGUUGAUAUUACCUGGAUAUUCAUACUAACCCUUUACAUGUCUCUCAAUACACUCUUGUGGGCUGUCACACAUCCCGAAAUUCGAGCGUCCCAUCCACGAGAGGAAGUUCAAGAGCUAGUCAACAUCUCACUAGAUAUCAUUGAUCAAUGUGUCGAAAGAUGGCCAGGUACCGCAGCGGCAUCUCAGUUAUACUCAACAUUCACGAAAGCGUGUCUUCAAAGCUACGACUCAAACGAAACAUCCAAUCUCUCAAACUCGAGCCCUUUCAAUACUCCAUCGUCUCAAACUGAUACAAACUCACCUUCUGCGUCCGAAAUUUCAAGUGCGACUACCAUGUCUGCUAGUGGUGUUUUCAAUCCACAAUUUGGCUAUGUUUUCGGCUCUGGUCCUGAGGAGAUGAACGGUUACAAGGUUGAGAACUUUCCGCCACAACCCACAUUUAGAUCGAAUUCUAUCUUCCUCAACCCAGCUACUAGUGAUCAUACUGGACGUCGUUUCAGUUAUUUCCCUCCCGAUUUUACCCAAGCUGGAGACUUGGCUCUUAUGGAAGAGAGUAGUCCUCCAGAUACUGAUACAACUGUGUCCCCACCAUUUUUAUCUCCCGCACAGCAUCUUCCAACUUCUCCAGAGUCCGUUGUCACAGGCAGUGCUACGACUCCAACUAUGGGAACCCCGAUCCUUACGACGCCGAUGCUCUCAACUGCCAGUCUAGCCCAGACUCCUUCUGAUAUAGCGACACCUAACUCGGUAGCUUCGUCGCAGCAACCACGCCCGAUUACGCAACCAUUUACUAUUCCUCCUAUACCACAACAUUCGUCACAGGGACAGCGGCCCCUCCCUCAGGUAACUACAGUCACAGACUGGUUUAAUCCACCACCACCUUUCAUCUCACCGUAUGCAUUUGGUGGCGGAUUAGGCGGUAACUUUUGGAACGACACGUCUGGCACAAAUGGCCUGGGUGAUAUUAACAUGGGCGACAUGUCAUUUUCCAACGGUCUCCCCCCGGAGCGGCAAGGAAGCUUAAGUCAGGAGCAGCAGAUAGAGCUCAUGGACGUUCUAGAAAACGAGGGGAUGACAGAUAUCGACACGUAUUUAAACAUGGGUAUGGCGUAUCCGAGUUUCAUGGGCAACGACCAAGGGAUACAUUGGAAUGGACAUUCAUAAAUUAAGGACCAUAUUUGGGAGGUAUAUUUAUUGCAUCAACUAUCGCUCUAUACAGGUUGGAGGGGAUACUUUACGGCUUUUAUGCUACGUCGGAAAGGUAUAUAUGGAAAUUCUCGCUGAUAGAUACCAUUUCUUGGCGUUUAGACGUAAUUGGAUGGAUGGUAGGAUGUUUUGAAUGAAUGACUACCUAUUUUUCAUUUCAUAUUUUGAGUUAUUAGCAAAGUCAUGAAUUCCUAAUGACCGAAUAUUCGUAUCGACAUCUUGGAGGUUGAUAGCAGGUUUCUUGGC